CCUGCCUCAGUGAGAAUUAAACAAACUGAACAAAGUGCUGUGUCAUGGCUUCUCUCAAGGAUUUACAGACUUUUGGAAACCUGGUGUUUGGUGUCUUUUCAAGCCUAAAGAACUAAACUUUCCUGGACGCAGCAUCUCAUAUCUUUUUGUCAGCUGAUUGGUCACCUUCAACAUGUUCCGCCUCCUGCUCUACCUGUCAGCUGUCUUUGCACUGCCAGGUGCUGCUGCAGUGAGAACUGAAGACUCUUCAGAGCUCAACAUCAGCUUGUGUCCUGUCAUGUUUUAUGGACAGACGUACGACCAGUUAUACAUAAACAUAACAAGUGAGAACAUUGCCAUCUGUUUCAACGGCUUUUACAACCCUCAAACCGGAGGAGACUGUUUGCUGGGGCCUAAAGUGGAUAAGGCAUACUUUGAGAUCCAUGAAAGAUCUUCUGUGUUAGAACAACAGAUUCAAGAGAACGUGCCCAACAUCAGGACCAGGAUGAAAUGUUACGUUUACUUUGAACUCUGGUUAAAAGACUCUGUGGCUCAGUUGUCUAUAGGGAGCUUUGGGAGCCAAGCAGCUCUGGAGCUGAAUCUUGUUUUAACUGCUACAGUGGCCAUUGAUAUCCAUGUUAAUAAUAACUCUAUGGACACACUGACAGUUACAAACCCCAGUGAUAAUGCUUAUAAUGCUGAUUAYGCAGACAUAAGUGGCUGCAGAUAUUCAGGUCUGGUUUAUAAACCCGGCUCAGUGUUGAGCUCUAUUCCUGAAACCUGUACCAAUUUCAUGUGUACUGAUACUGCAAUCCUUCAAAACACCACAUGUGGACCCCUGGAGCACUGUCAAGGCAACGGCAGCUGCCAGUUGCAUGCCGUCUGCACUGUGACGGGUCCUUCUGUUAUCGACUUUUACGGCCGGUUGGACUUUGUAAGAGAUCGGUGCGUGUACUCUCUGCUGGAGAUUGCAUCGGUCUCAAACUUCCGGCUGUUAGCUAAAUUCCAGGAGCGUCGACGUAAAAAUGUGAGCUUCCUGGACAGCGUGAAGCUACAGCUGAACAACGUUAGCUUCCACYUGAAACAAGGCGGCAGAGUUCUGGUGGAUGACACAACCCUGGACCUCAGCUUACCGCAGACGGUUGACGGUGUGAUGGUCUCUAAGGACCACACUGGAGUCACUGCCAAAGUGUCACUCUCCAACUUCAUCAUCACUGUCUUCUUUGAYGGCUACACCGSACACAUCCUUGCUGAAGGACCUGGUGGAUCRUCUUUGAAGGGUUUAUGUCAAAACAGCAGUGAACCGAGGAUCCCUGGGAUCAGCCCUGUGGACUGCCAGAYGCAGUAUAACAACACUGAUGACUGUUCGAUCAACUGCACCGAGAUAACCGAACACUGUAACCUCCUGCAGCAGGCACCCUUCACCUCCUGUGCCAUCGACCCAGAACCCUACAUAACGGCCUGCACAGACACUUUGUGCAAAUAUCCCGCAGUGGACGGCCUCAAGUGUCAGUUCCUGACGGCCUACGUCAGAGCCUGCAGCCUGUACAGCAACAACACACUGGAUGGCUGGAAGUCCAAGGCUGAUUGCCCCCUCCCUGAGGCCUUCUGUUGGCACCAAACCUGCAGCGAUCAYGAGUUCUGUGGAGAGAAGAAUCAUUGUGGAGAAACACGUUGCUUCUGUCGGCCAAUCUUUGCUUCCAGCUACAGAGAGAGAAACACUUUAGGUGAUCCGACGGUGUGCAAGAAGAACACUGCUUCUAUCAGUCUGGUCAACUGUCUCCUGGAGGACAACAACAUUGACUACUCCGACUUGCACCUGAACGACCCGACCUGCAGGGGUUGGUUGGACGAGCGGACUCACAUGGUGACCUUCGGCUUUACAGGCAGCAGAUGUGGGACACACAUCAAGCUGAACGACAGCCAGAUCAUCUACCAGAACACCAUCACAGGCCAGAACACCACCUCUGACAUGAUCCUUCACUCUGAUCCGGUCCACAUCGACUUUUUCUGCUACCUGAAUCAGCCAGGCUCCAAAUCUAUGGACUUAUCGUACCAAGGCGUAAUGGCUCCAGGAACAUACAACAGCUCUGUGGAGGAUUCGUUAGGUUCACAACUAAUAACCAGAUUAGAAGAAAGCCAAGAAAUUAUACGAGAUGAAGACGACAAUAUUUAAAGUCAUUAGGUUGGGGGGUGGGGGUAUUGUAAGAUAAUGUAUCAAUAAAAUAAAUUAUGCUAAUUAAAUAAGUUUCACUGCUGCUGAAAAAUCAAAGAAGUUUCCACUGAAACCUUUGAGUCGUAAAGGUGUGAAGACAUGAUGAGAAGCUCGUUGUUCUUGGUCAACUCUUGUGACUUUCUGGGAUCAAACCAGGCAGGUCACAUGCUGCCAAAUAAAAAACUCCUUUCAGGACAUUUUUAAAACUAUAUAUAUAUAAUGUAUACUUAGAUGUAAAGGUAAAUCAGUAUUGUAACCCAAAGAUUUGAGUAAGUAAUAUAUUUAAGGAUUGUCUAUUGUUUUUCUUCAAUAUGCCCAUGAUUAUGUGUUCUUGACAUGUAUGAAGGAUUAAUAAAAACUAA